AUGUCUGCGCGCGAGAUCGUCGACGGGUUUCGCGCGCGCGCGGUGGCGCUCCCGCGAGCGCGGGAGACGUGGGUGGAUGAUGUCGUUCGAUCGAUCGCAUCGACGACGACGACGACGACGACGACGGGCGACGUGGAGGCGGCGUACGCGUGCGCGGUGCUGCGCGGUGACUUUAACGCGUGCGCGCUGGGCGGGGGGCUGGGGGCGGCGAUGACGCGUGGUGAGCGCGCGGAGGGGCGAUUCGUGGUGCAGGCGGACGCGGCGGCGGACGACGGCGCGCGGGACGGAUCGACGCGGACGCGAUGCGCGACGCUGAGCCUGACGGAUGGUCGAGACCGGUUCACGGCGAGGGAGUACGAAAGGAUCGAUGGACUGGGCGAGAACGAGGGAUGGGCGGCGGGGAUGAAGAUCGCGCUGACGGAUCCGUACGUCGGCGAGGACGGGUCGAUUUGGUUGGAACGGGCGCGGUGCGCGAUCUUGGGCGGACGCGUCGACAGGCUCGAGCGCGCGAGAGCGCGGGCGAUGGCGGUGUUGGGGGGGGCGAAUCGGCCCGGGGAUUCCGAGGGGGCGCGGCGAAAGCGGGCGCUGAAGGCGGCUUGGGAAGACGAUGUGUCGAGGUUCGAGCGCGCGGAGGACGGGCGGGACGGAUGCGAACCGAGCGCGCCGAGCGCGCGCGCCGUCGUCCGGAGCGCGGCGAUCGUGCCGGAUUCUUUAGAGGUGCACUCGCCCGCGAUCGUGCCGGCGACACAGAUGGAUGCGAUGGACGUCGACGACGGCGAAGCGUUGCGAGCGAGCGACGAAGCGAACGCGUCGGGCGUCUCCCGACGGAGCGCGCCGCCUUCGUCGCUCGAGCGGGACUCCGCGCCCGCGUCGUCGGGUCGCGGAGUACCGCCGGAUGAGCGCGUUCUCGACGUGGCGAGACAUUUUAAUCGCACGGCGAUGAAGGGUCUCUGGACGUACAUCGCCGCGAUGCAAGCGGCGCGAAGCGUGGGCGAAUGCGAAGAGGCAACCGUCCACGCCUGGAUCGCGCGCACGGGCAAAAUCGAGGUGCAAGAAGAGGCGCGUCCUCCGCUCUGGCGACUCAAGAUGCAAAUCUCGGAUCCCACGGGCGUCGUAACGGUCCUCCUACGCAACGCUCAGCUCGAAUCCGCCACGGGCACGACCGUGUCGGAAUACUUAGCCGCGAACGAAGCGCGUAAACGAGACAUUGAGACCGCCGCGCGGACGCGUCUUGAGACGUUUUGCGGACGCGUCAAAAUUGGUGGAUUAAAGGGCAAGCACCUCUUCGUGCUCAAACUUGACACGCAACCGACGACGUUCAAGUCAUCCGUCGCGGAUGCCCUCCGCGCUCGCGCUGCAUCCACACCUAGCCACGUAGCGUGCGUUUCAUAG